AUUUUGUAUGUGGAUAUCCUUCAGAAGAAGAUGAUGAGAAUGUUUUUUCUUCGGUGUUUUUUAUCUCAGAAUGUGGCGUAAUCGCUUGUUGUCAUCAACUCGGCUGUCAUCUAGAUAUGACUCUGAGUGGUGUGGUUUUUUUCUGCGUCUCGUACCUACGAUGUCGUUGUCCGUCGUCGGCAGUUUUUUUUGCAAUCGGUCGUUCGUUCAUAACAGAAGCUAGCUUGUUGCUUUGUUUUUCCAAGGUUAACUCAUUCGUCGUAGUCGUUGAGCAACGUACUUUGACUAUUAUCCUGCAGUCACUGCACUGAGUGUCAGUCAUUUUUCGCGCAUUCCUGUGAUUCUCCUCGUUGUGUUUCCUGAACAUGGCUCUUUUCUUCAAGUACUUAUUUCGAAAUUCCAGUUUAGUUUCAGCCUUUGCCCAAGAUCUUCAGGAGUUUUGGAAUAAGUCGAUGUGGAUCUGACUGUGCCAGAAUCUCUAUAUCUUUUCGGAAGAGAGACUAGAAAAACGAUGCCCUCAAUCGCACUUCCGCAUCGACAUCAGUCGCAGUCUAGCGUCGUUUCUGAUGCUAUUUCGCAAUUGAUGUCACGAAGUUGGAUGGGUCCCGAUGACCCCGGUUCACCAUCUGGAUUGCAGAAUACGAGUGUUUCUCCCAGCACGUCACUUCCAGCCAGUGGAAAAAAGGUCGUCGUCCGUUCCGUAGCUUGUUUUUCCGGAGCAUGGGAGGCAGUGGAGACUGCAGAAGGCCGUAACAACUCGGUCAUUGUGCGAGUCGGCGAACAGCGAAAUUUUAGCGUCGAUGACGUUGUUGCAGCCGGCGCAUCAGUUGCCGAGGAUGAGCAGCAGAUUACUGUGCAGUCGAGCGAGUGGCUAGGGCAAUUAGACCGCGUUCUGAACCCCCACGUCGAGCGGCUGUCAGUAUCAGAUGAUUUGGGACGAACCAGCGCGAUCGUCGCCUACGGGGCUCGUGCCUCUGGGAAAACAAGUCUCCUUUUUGGAGGUUCUUCGCAGACGUCAAAGUCAAAGACGGAAGAACAGCGCCCAGGUAUGAUCGCACGGGCGGUCGAUCUCUUUUUGCAGCAGAGCAGUUUGGAUCUCUGCUGCUCCCUGAUAGCGAUUUGGGGUGAUGAUCGUCUGCAAGAUCUUUUCGUUUCAGGAAACCGCACAACAUUGUCACGUUUUGAAGCAGCUCGACGAGUGCGCGUGAAGGGUUCCGAGGUACUGUUGUUUGACUAACAUUCUACCAAUGUUAGCAGAUGAAGAAUAAGCAUUUAAUAUUCUCCACCCGCUUUACGCUUAUGCACAGUAGGCAUUAAGUCUGUCUACAGAACAGUACUGGUGUCAGUACUUUUUGGGUCAUUCAUAAUCCCGGAGCAAGUAUUCGAGAAACACCACGCCUUAGACCGUUUUUCCACACAUGCACGACAGGAAUUGUCGCGUAUGGUCCGAGAGGCUAUGGAAGUCCACGGCCGCGGCAACCUGUCCGGCGCUCAUGCCGUGCUCACUCUUCACAUCGCGCCAGCUGGCAGAUGGACGACCUCGUCGAAAGGAGUUCUCGAUCCUUGCAGCAAUACGAAUACUGCAGAAGCGAGCGGCGCUCCUGGCCAAGAUGAUUUCACUGUUUUUCAGGCAAGCGACAACACUAUCAUCUUCACAUCUGCUGGCGCCCAAGCAGCUCAUAAUGAAGUUACCACUUCAGCACCGGGAGACCCAGCGGUUGGGAGCGAGACCCUGAUUUCUGAAAAUGGGAGCAGUGCUAGUUGUAAAGCUAGGAAUACGCAUCAUCCACACCCUGCUUCAUCGUCUGCGCAUGCUUCUUCAUUCUUACGAGACUGCAGUUUCGUUUCGACAACCCACGCUGGGAGUCCUGAAGAUGAGGAGUCCUCAGUACCCUACGCUCAGUUUCAGUCGUCCUCGAGUAUGCUCCAUUUCUUGGACCUGGCGAGCUUCCGGCACGGAUAUGCGGAGGGAUCGCCAAACCUGCGAGAGCAGCAGAACGUGGGAUCUAGCGCAAGAGAUUCUAGGAGAGGCAGCGCCAGCCCGACUCGCGUGAACCGCUCACUCGUAGCCCUGCGCGAGGUGGUAGCGAAGCUCGUCCAGCAAAAGAAUAAGACGUCGUGGGAAGUCAAUCGAACAUUCGAUGCCUCGGUACUACUAAUAUUUUCUUGCCCUAGAAGGUAGGAGAUGGGUCAAUCAUGUAAAUUCACUCCAGAUGACGAUCGGUUGUAUUACUGCUUUUUCGAAGGAACAUCAAGGGGAUAAUUUCAAUUAACGAACAGGAAGUAUUUUGUACUCAUCUCUCUGUAACUACAAUAAAAACCAGCUUCUUGUUGGGUGCGUCGACAGGAGCACGGCACACCAGAUUGCUGGUCGUCAGUCGCCGUCGUCGAAACCGCCCGUUUUGCGGAGCAGCAAGAGCUACGUCCCGUUUCGUAAUUCAAAGCUGACGCAGUUUCUGCGACCAGCGCUCCUUGGCUGGUGGGAAACCACAACUUUUCUACUAUGCUGUCGCAUUGAAGCUAAGCCAAGUGGCCGUGGUCCUGUCUUGGAUCGAGACACUAUGGAGACCCUACGAUUCGGCGAGUCGCUUAGGAGUCUGCGGGCCAGGCCGUUUGAGACAAAUCUUAGUAGAAACAAUUCUGGUUUUUCUCCGAUCUGUGUUGGUGGAAGUUCUUCACCCGGCACGACGACAAGUCGGGCCUUUGCUGGCGGCGCGCGACGUGCUGGCAUUCGGCGCGCGUCCCCUGUGCGAGACGCUAUGAAGCUUGGCUUGACUCACGUCGCCGUCACGAGUGAGGGUCCAGCUGUGGUACCAGAGGAGUCUGUACAUCAGAAAAGCUCGGCUCUGAAACGUCCGUCGAUUGGCCACGCCGCUGCGAAGCCACCGCUCGGUCCGACCGUUUUCGUUGAGAUUUCUUCUGAACAGACGGACCCAGAUGCUGUAGAAAAGACUGAUGAAGCUGUGGACGACAGAGACGCAAGACCGUCCUUCAUGCCGGAGCCGCGCAAAGGUCGCAGCAUGGGUAGUGCAGCUGUAUAUUCUCGAGACUUGUCGCCACCACGCGGUGAUGAUGAUCCGGAUCACAGAGAGGCUGGACCUCGAAAACAGCGGUGCCCUGACCGCGUGAUCAUCCCAUCCCGUUUGCUUGUGCCUCCAUCGCUACCGAAGUCGCCGUCUGAAUUCGCGCCAGAGGCGCCUGGAGUGGUUGCUCCUCCUUGCACAAAGUGUAAUAAUACAACCAUGGUAACAGAAAGAGAAUCUGUUAGUCUUGGUUCCUCGGUGGAAGAGCCGCUUGCAGGUGUUGCUAACCACCAGCGAGCAGACGACUUUGGCGCUAGCCUAGCAGAGCGUAUUCGCGCGACGUUUGCGGAGCGUGCUGAAACAGCAGGAGGCAUGGAGAGUGUGCCGUCUCUGAAGCGACCCUUGGAAGCGCUAACUCCUAAAGCUGGAGUGCCUUCCGGGCACAGCUAUGACGCUUCCCACGAUGACUCAUCUAACCACGCUUUUGACGAUCGCGCAGUCGACGACACCAGCAGCAUGAUAACGGACAGCGCUCGCAAGCGUCGCCGAGCAGCAGCUUCAAGUGCCGGAGGAGUCGGUGCGAUGCGCUUAGACGACAAGGCUGAUAAAGCUGUCAAUGGGAGCUCACCGUUUGGAUCUUCGAAUAUCGAACGCGCCUGCUCGUCUUCCACUUCGUCGUGUGCUGCAGCUCUAUAUGGCAGUGCUGCGCCGCUCUCAAGAGGUUCAUCCUCGCGGUGCGUGGUUCUUGAAGAGCAAAAUUGUCAAAUUCUAGGCUCAGCUGGGCAUGAUUCGAGUUCUCAGCUCUGUUCGUCCUCUCCCUUCGGGUCUUCAUCCUCCUCGUCCGACGAGCAGACUUCUUCUUCGUCUUCGAGCGACGGCUGCUAUCCUCGAACGCGCUCCACUUGCAAGCGCCAAUGCGAGGAGGCUUUAUUAGCCGGUCGUGAGGUAGAGGUAGACGAGCUAGAAGAGGACCCUUUGGUUGCGAUGUACGAGCAGGAUUUCGCAAAGUUUUCACCCUCCGAAGCGUUAGGCAUUGUUGGUAGCGAGAUCGAGCGCAUUCAAGUACGCGACUUGGAGGCUGAACAACAAAACAACUACAACCUUGUGCUUGGUGCUAGCACGACGGGUUCGGUCACUCCUGGAGCUGUCGGUCUAGACCAUGGCUCUGGUGAGAAAAAUCUGUACUUCAACAUCUCCACGCCUCCGAAGCAACCUCGAAGGAGUCGACGAAACUCGGCUGCGGAUGACGAUUUUUGUAAAGAAGUAAAGCUUGCAGAAAGCGAGAUAGGAUCAAAAGAGGACCACACCUCUCGCAGUAGAGCUUCAAGAAGCAGCAACAACCGAGGUGAUGGAAGGAAGCAUCGGAGUGUAGUCAAGACCGAAGUUGUGGUAAACGAGUACGGGCGCGGCCGCGACGGUCUGAGCGUCCCCGCAACUGCGGUCGAUAGCGAAGCGGAAGCAAUUGAGCACACGAAGCCUCGGAUCCCAGCUUAUCGUCGGGCCAUCCCUGCUCAAGCGGCGACGCUUUCGUAUCAUCUGUACUGCGACCCUGAUGAUAUUGGACAACGCGAUGUCUCAGCUGUGAUCGAACUUUCUCCAGAGCAAGGCCUUGAGCAACCACCAAGACGAGGCAAUUGUACCGAAGAUAAAGACGACAUGAAAAAGAUUUCGGGCUCUCCCUUUUACGACGAGGCCGAACGCGAGAAUCAAUUAGAUCGUUCUAGUACAGGUGGGCAUACUAGUUGGUCAGAGCGCGCUUGGAGAUCGCUAAGUCGUGGAGACCUGCUAGUCGGUAACGGCGCAGCUUGUUCCGUUAGGCGGCAGCUAUUCGGUGAGGCGCAGAGUGAGGUGAGUGACGACCAAGGCGAAGAUGAGGACCUCGAUCUCGACCUCUCAUCGUAUAAGCGGACGCCGGGUGGCGGUCCAAAGUCGUCGCCUUCAGAGUAUCCUUCAAGUAGCGCUGACGAGCUGUGCUAUUCGAGCAGUAGCCCUUGCCCUGAAGGGACGGAGAAGAAACAGAAUGUAAAAGGUGCUGCUGUCUUAAAAAUCGCCCCUCGCAAACUCGAUGAAUCCUUGCUCGCUGAGGAUACGACUACACAGCUGGGAACUGCAGUCGAGAAUGAUCCAGUGAACAACGCUGUCGAUGAAGUCGUGCAGCAGGAGUAUAUUAUUGGGGGACCAGGAGCAAAGGCUGUUGCUUUAUGCGGCAGCGGUACAACUGACCUUGUCCCAAUUCCCGUUCUUGUUGAAAACGCUGCGUCGCCUGAGUUGCUUGCUUUUGCCGGUUCUCCUGAUUUCCUAGAAGGUACGAAGCCUGCGGCAACAACGGCAUCCAAGUCCACAGGUUUACCACUGUCCUCGCAGCCUCUGGGCAAAGCAUCCCUUUUGGGUUCGACUUCCGGAGCUUUUGGUGGACCUAUUGUGAAGGGCCACACGUCGCAAGCUGACAGUCAUCUUCAUCGUGGUGGACACCUUGUUCGCGAAGACAAACAAGACAAUGAUGGGGAAGAUAUUUGGGAUGAAAGGUCGGACACAGAUUCAGACUUGGACGCUGAGCAUCCUGGUGGGAGACGCGAUCUUCGUUUCGAGGAAUAUGACGGGGCCGCUAGUCCCGAGAUGGCUGGGGUGAGGGUGACAACACCAGUUGCUCUAGGAAAAGAAGAACAAAAUCAAGUACUAGAAGUGGAAGAAGAUGGUGGCAAGAUCAAUAACAAGCUUCUAGGUCAGAGAGGACGAGAAGUCGAUCAAGAAGUUUGCGCCACGGUCGACGCUGAGCACAACAGCGGCGAUCUCCUAGUGCCAUCAUCCGGAGACGAGAGCUUAGCUAACCGCGCGAUCAUAGUCGAUAGACGCCGUGAUCUACUCGUUUCUUGCAGCAGUUCAUCACCGACAUCUCGCACAUCCGGACAUGUUUCGACGUCAUCCGACGAUGGCAAGAAAAGGGACAGAGCCAAGCUCUUGGAGGGUAUUUCUGUGCGUUUGGACUUGAGCCCUUUGUCGCUAGAGGACUGCGUAUCUUCCUCGUGGAGAUCGGGCGUGGUCGCAUCGUCUUCCAGCUCUGAUGAAAAAUCAGUCAGGAUGAAAAGCAGAGCAGAAGAACCUGCCCUCUCAUCAGGAGACGACGAGUACCCGGGAGCACCAUUAUCUAGCGACGAUGGACGCGGUGCAUCUCUUAGUAAACAGGACUCACUUGUUUCAUCGUGCGGUGCAAACCGCGGCUCUUUCUCAGCGACAAUCACGGAAAGCGAAGAAGAGGUAACUGAAUCCUCGAGUUUUGACGAGGUAGUGGCGGAUAUUACGAUGCCGCUGCCAGCGUCACGCACGGCUCCAGGCGUCAUAGCGUCACUCCUCGAUGCCAAUGUCACGCCCAUCCUGCCUCUGUAUUCGCCGCGCGGUAGUAUCCUUUGCAAUAGCAUGAUUAACCGGAGUGGCAAUGCGGAAGACCCGAAAGUUGCAGCAAAUAAAUUGACGAGGUUUCCGAUACCAAGAGAUUCGCCUUACAGGUACCAUCUCGAGACUCAGUGCAACGAGCAAAGCAAUGCUGCGAAGCAUGCAAGUUGCCAGCCGCAGCCGCUAGAAGACCAGGUAGUGCAGUUAGACGAACACAGUAAGAGAGGAUCUUCUUCUUCUUCCAGUAAUAAAACGACUAGAACUUCUUGCGAAGUAGAUGGUCGUGGUCCCGCUUCAAGAAUCAGGGCAUCAUCUACUUCAACAUUAAUGAAAACUCCAUCGCCGGCCAAGUCCUCUCCACCAAAGUUUUCUCCUCAGCGGAGCGUCCGCGGUUUCGACGGAACUCGUAUUUUGGACGGUCAAUCACUCUCUUCUUCACCUCCCCACUCGGAGGGAUCGGGUUUGCUUUCUCCGAUACUCGAGACCGAAGUUGAGAACGCGACCUUGUUUUCGAUUCCAGAGGCAAUGGCCACGGAAGAGGAUGAGCAACGGUUGCGAGGAGAGAGCACAAAGCGACGAGCUGGAGCGGGUGGGCGAGGAGUUGUUGAUAAGAGUGCACUUGCGUUUGUUGGAAAAAUACAACUUCAUGAAGAGCAGCACAAGGACGGUCACGGUUCUCUGCAGUGGAUGAAACACCUACUUCGAACAGCUAAAUUGUUUCAUGUGAUGCAGGAUGGAAGCGUGUACGUGGUGAGAAGUAGCAGUCCUGGUGAGGAGAGAGGUAAAGGCAUCGAAGAUACCCAUGAGUCGGAAAAUGCUCAAGCUAGUCGCGUUUCUGCUAGCUUGGCGACUGGUGUCUCUUUUCAGCGACUGUCCUCGCCUUUUGUGGUCAACGAUACUUCGUCCGGAACCGCGAAUUUACCUGCCUCGUCGACGCAUCAGAUGAAGGAAGAAACGAGUUGCGAAGUUGAGGCACUCGUAAAGGACUCCUGUGCUGAAGCCUCCGAUGGUGACACCGACCUACGCAUUGAGGCUGAUUUGAUUUUGCAGAACGAAGCGAUUCUGCGCCGCACGAAGAAACAUGCUGCUGCGCGAGAAUCUCAUCUUCUUCAAGCGGGGACUCGCAAUGCGUCCGUCAAGGGCGGUCGUGCACCACCACCACCGACACCCGAUGAUGAUUUUUUCCCUGAAGUUAGCUUGACUCUCAAGCAUACUAGUUCGUUACCACGAUCUCCUGGCUCGAAAAGCAAUCUGUCCUCUUGUUCUACGCGCGGCAAGUUCGCGGCCUGGUAUGCACGGACCUUAGGCGGGAUCGCAUCAGCGUCUUCGCAGACACUCGAAUUCCUUCGAAAUCCGCGUGAAGCCGAUGUGUCUUCGAGUGACGAAGGGACCCUAUAUGGAAGCCAGAUGAAUACUAGCAAUCAAUCUUCGGCCAUGAUGAAUACGCGAACAGGUCGAGGUCGUGCAGUCGGUCACGGUACCACCAGAUUGCAACGUUGUGGGCAGUGUAGGAAAUACUACCAAUACCUAGAGGGCGUGGACGAGCGAUGUCGCAACUGCGGCGCGCGUCCAACAACUGGCAGUUUCGGGUUAGGGUUUGCUGAAUUGCUACCACCUCAAUAGGAGGUCACUCGUGGCUAAGUAGAAAGUGUAUAGGUAAGUACUUUGUGAUUAGAACAUACUUGGGUGAAAUUGUUAUAUAUAAUGCGGAACUAAGAUUUAUCGUACUACCGGAAGAAAGGUCAUACUUGAGAUAGUUGUAGAAAGAAAAAGAGACACUACUCGAAGAAACUAAUGCUUUUCUUGAAAAGUCAUGUUUACACGGAAGAUAGAAUAUGUCAUUUACUUGCAGUCCUCAUCAGAUGAAGAUAAAUGAAGAACCAACAACAUGAACUUUUUUUGCUUGAUGUGGGAGAAAGCCAGUUAUCGAAAGUUUAAGGCUAUGGCACGAAGAUAGAGAGAGUCAAAGAAUAGAAUUUGUAAGUUCAGAGAUAGACUAUUGCGCAUUGGAACGACAGGGACGACCGCAAUUGUUUGGAUACAUGAAUACUUCACGACACAAUGAGCUACCAAUUGAUUUUGAAUUCUUAGACUUUCAUGAUUAGUAUGGGUGAGUAGUGAUUUAGACACAUCUUGUUGGCAUUAUGGGAUGGAAGAAAAAUGAAAAGCGGGUAUCAUCUAGCAAUCGUCAGACCUUAUGAUUUCGAGAGCGAUUGAUUGGCUCGGAAAAUAAAAUGAACUUAGUAACCACGGCCAUGGGUGCA